AUUUACCAACUGUUGAAGAAUUGAUGAAACCUAUUAAAGGAGAUUCCUAUGAUGCCAGAGGUUUCAGUUUGGAGCCUGGAAGCCCUGUGGAACUGACAGGCAGCCCAGCAAAGGAGCUCAUCGGCCACGAGCCAUUCAAGGAGCAUGAGAGUAACACAGUUUGGGAGACAAACUUGCUCGAAAAGUUCAGCAGAGAAGAGAGCCUCUCUCCUCGGAGAGCUGUGAAUGGGGGUAACCUUUGCGGGGAGACGGAGAAGGAAGCCGAGAUGGAUGAAACACAGCCUGGCUCAGUGAAGGAAAAGAUGGCACACGACUCUCUGCUUUCACAGCUGGUCAGCAAAAAUAACCAGGCACUGCAGUCUCCGUCCUCGAAGGGCGAAGGACUGGGAUCAGUGACAACUAAACAAACGUACAAGAGCAUCAGAAGUACAACACCCCUACAUAAAAAGAAGCCAUCGCACAGUCCUCGUGGAUUGGUUAGGAGUUCGGGAUAUGGGAAGUCAGCUUCACUUUCCAAACAGCCUUCCCCAUCUAGCGAAAAGAAAACACUGAAAGAAACUUUCAAGAAGUCCAGCCUGAAAGCCAAAAGCCCAGCAGAUAAAGCAGGACCUAAAGGCUUAUUUGCUACUAGUAUUAUCAGGUCUGCGCCCAAGGAGGGGGUUAACCAAGUUACACCUGACGACUCGGCUGUUGGUGAUGGUGUGCAGCAGGUCGUGGACUCUCACAGCCAGUAUCAGCAUCUGGGGCAAGAGAAUUACCUUCUCCAGAGCAAGUUAAGAAGCAUGGAAGAGCUAGCUAAAGGAAACAGAUGGAUCCAUGGUACAGCAACAGUUCCUGUCACUGAAGAAAAACUGACACAAAUUAAAAAAGAAAUUGAAGAUCAAGAGGUCAUUAUUCAAGGUUAUCAACAGGAAAAUGAAAAGUUAUACAAACAAAUGAAAGAGCUACAAAUUCAAAACAAGAAAAAUGAGGAACAAAUGUUUAAGGAGAAUCAGUGUUUAAUGUCUGAAUUAAUAGCUCUAAGAGAAAAGGUGAAUAUGACUAAUACACAGCCACGGGUGAUGCAGGUUCCUGAACCAGCCAGAAAUCAGAGUUUCACAGAGCUGAUUUCAGAGCUCCGAGCAGCACAGAAGGAAGAAACUAAAUUACAUGAAGAGAUAAAACGGCUUAAACAAGAAAAACAGGCUCUUGAAGUAGACUUGGGACAAGCAAAGAAAGAGAGAGAUCUAGCAAAAGUGCAGAUUGCUUCCACAUCAGGUGAGAAAUCAUAUGAAUUGAAAAUUAUGGAAGACUCAUACAAGCAGGAAAUUGCUCAUUUAAAAAGAAGACUUCAAUGGUAUGCAGAAAAUCAGGAUCUUUUGGAUAAAGAUGCAGCCCGUCUUAAAGAUGCGAAAGAAGAAAUUGAGAAACUAAAGCUAGAGGUCGAGAAGCUCAGAACUGAAGCUGGAGAUCAGUGUGUGCAGCAGAAGAAACGUCUGAGGGACAGAGCAGCAGAUGCUAAAAGAAUUCAGGAUCUCGAGCGACAAAUCAAAGAAAUGGAAGGGAUUCUAAAAAGAAGGUAUCCAAAUUCUUUGCCUGCUUUGAUUUAUGCUGCGGCUGCUGCUGAGAAAAGCAACGAUCUUUCAGCUAAAACAAAUACAAUUGAUUUUUUGGAGAGAAGAAUAAAAAAGUUAGAAACAGAACUGGAGAAUAAAGAUGAUGAAGCUAAAAAGAGUCUCCGUGCUAUGGAACAACAAUUUCAGAAAAUAAAGGUGCAGUACGAGCAAAGGCUUGUAGAGCUCGAGCAACUACUUGCCUAUAAAUUCAUGAGUGAAUCACCAAAACUGAGCAGCGAUAAAGCCAGUUCUACAGAGCUUGAACAGGAACUUCAAAACCUAAAGGAGAUCCAUCUGGUCACUGUUAAAAACCUCCAGGCCGAAAUUGAAAAUCUUAAAAGUCAAAAUUCACAGCUAACACUUGGAAGUAAAAAGGAAAACAAAGACAUGCAGUCAACAGAUUCUCAAGUGAAACAAGCUAAUACAAAAGAGAGAUUGUUAAAACUAAAUCAAGAACUGAUCACCAAGAAUAGAGAAAUACAAAACCUCACAAAAACUGUAGAGAAACUUCAGAAAGAAAGGAUGGUGAUGCUGUCUGACGAUAAUUUCAGAAAUAAAGCCGCUAAUAAGGAAAACCCUACAGAGAACUUGAAGCAGAAUAGCUUAGCAGGAGGCGCGAGGAGUCCCAGCAGGAGCGAGCCCUCGGCAGGAGCAUUCCAUGGUGGCAGCGUGUGCCGGCCACGGGGGUCUCCCGAUGCCGAUAUCUCGGAAGUUCUGCAGGAAAAUAAACAGCUGAAAGACGACCUGGAGAGACUGUCUCUGGAAAUGAACCAGCAGAGGAUAAAGUCUCAAGCAACACUGGCUUAUUCCGAAAAUAAUAUAAGAAGGCUGGUUCCGGGCGCGGCGCGGGGGGCCGAGCUGCACGGCAGGAUCUCCACGCAAGAGGUAUUAAUAAAACAUCUCCAAGAGCAAAUCGGUGAGCAACAGAGACAGCAGGAAGCCCUUCUAGUUUCACAAAUGCGAGAGGAACUCCUACAAAAAGAGGUGGCAAAGCUUUCAGAAGAGUUGAGAGAGGCUAAGGAGAGGCAGAGUCCUGAAAUGAAGCACUUCUUGUGCCUAGAGCAGAAAAUCAAGCACAUGGAGAGCAGGCGAGCAGAAAGAGAGCAAGAGCUUCAGAAGGCGGCGCGACUGGCCCGGCAGCCCCCGGGGGACGCCCGGCAGGGCCGGGAAGCCGAGCGCUGGCGCAGGCUGGCACAGCGCAAGAACCGCGACCUGGAGGCCUUCCGCGCGCAGCUGGACUCCAUGCUGGACGUGCUCCGGGAGCUGCAGCGCCAGGGGGUGGUGAUCCCAGCGCCCGGCGGGGGCGGGGCCGGCCUCACAGACGGCUGCUGGAGGACGUGA